AUGAGCGGCAUCAGCGCGAGAGGUGGCAGAAACUCCAGCGAUGGUGCAAUUCCCACGCUCCGUGGACGCGUUGAACCUCCAGCGGUUCACUCCCGUUACACACCGCCUUGCUCAGGAGCACUUGCGUUCACGCCAAACGCCACGUCAACCCGAGCCAUUCUCUCAUGGCGCUGCUGCGCACGCAAUUCGGACAGGCGCCGCUGUCGCCUAAUCAAAAAGUACGUGAAGGUAAAAAUGGACACCAUCACUAGUUCGAAAAGCACAAACGGCAGACUUGUCCGCUGUGAAUCCACACGAUCCGCACAUGUGGAAGGUGGCUUGGGAGGAGCACCACCCGCUGCCCCGUUAGACAUUAGGGAAGCGGUAAUGCGUGGAAUCUACGAAGUGGUGAAAUCAGCCUCCUGA